AGUAAUGCACACUAGAGCUGUGCAGGAGCAGAGAGUGAGGGAAAACAAAGUGAGAGAAAUCAAAAGAUAGAUACAGGGAGACAGAAUCACAAAUAAAUUAGAUUUUUCACAGACAGUAUGUGUGAAUUGUUUCAUAAGUUCAUAAUGGGUCUACAUGGCUCUAUAAAGGACUAUUUUCUUGGCUUCUUGGACUAUGAGACACCAAAAGUGAUGGUGGUUAAAAACAAAACUCUUGGAGUUAUAUACAGAGGAGUGCAGUGUCUUGUGAUCACCUAUUUCAUCUGGUAUGUCUUUAUAAGUCAGAAAGCCUACCAAGAGAGUGAAACCCAUCCGGAGAGCUCAGUUUACACGCUCAUGAAAGGCACCGCAGUUCAUGGAGAUGAUGUCUUGGACACUGUGGAGUACGCGCGACCAUCAGAGGGCGGUGAUGUGAUCAGUACAAUACUGAGACGGGAAGUUACAUAUGAUCAGAUGCAAGGAACCUGCGCUGAGCAUUUCAAUGUUGCCAAUGCCAACUGUACAACAGACUCUGACUGUGUCCAGGGAGAAGUUAACUUUGAUGGCCACGGUAGAAGGACUGGAAAAUGUGUUCAGUACUACAACCACACCUUCAAAACCUGUGAGAUCCAAACUUGGUGUCCUAUUGAGGAGUAUGCUGUUGUAAGAGAACCAGCAUUAGUAGAGGCCAUCAAUUUCACCGUGUUCAUCAGGAACUCCAUCCACUUCCCUAAAUUUAAAGUGCUAAGGGGAAACAUCAAAGAUGCUUCAAACAAGCGUGACAUGCAGAAAUACCUCAACAAGUGUCAUUAUGACGAGGACAAAGAGCCCUACUGUCCAAACUUCCGUCUGGGCUACAUAGCAGAACAAGCAAGGGAGAAUUUCAGUGAGCUCUGCAGGACUGGAGGAGUGAUUGGGGUUUUCAUCAACUGGAAGUGUAAUCUGGACAUUGAUCCUUCACACUGUAAACCUACAUAUGCCUUCCGUCGCCUUGCUCUACGUAGGGAUCAGGUCAACUCUGGUUACUAUUACAGGUUUGCCAAAUAUUACAACAAAGACGGGGUCGAGUCGCGGACACUCAUCAAGGCCUAUGGUAUCCGUCUGGAUGUCAUAGUUCACGGACAUGCUGGUAAAUUCAGCCCCAUCCCAACCAUCAUCAGCACGGUGACAGCUAUGACUUCAGUCGGGAUUUGUACCCUCAUCUGUGACUGGAUCAUGCUGACAUUUAUUGACAAGAACGAAGUCUACAGCGAGAGAAAGUUUGAUGAAGUUGUCAAGGAGCCCAAAGAGCCCAUUUCCACCGAGCUCAGCUACAUCACCAGCUAUGGCUCAAACCAUUCAGACCUGUCAGACGGCGUACCGCUGUAACCUCUUCACUGCUGCCUCAGUUUGCGCUUGCCAAGAGUAUGGACUCUUCUGUCAGCGGCCUGUGGCAGCAGGACGGCAGCUCUGAGGGGUUUCUCAGGUGUCUGCAACAGCUCAGUUAUGGACUGCCAGCAGUCGCUAUGCUGUUUUUAGUGGGAAUAUAAAUGGACAGAACUGCUGUAAUGAGGAGCAUCUGAAAGACAGCUGGCCCUCUUAAAGUCUCUGCCUGUGGGUGGACUCGGUUCAUAUAUCAGAUCAAGCCUUGAUGGACCCCAACUGUAGGACAACACGAUUAAUUGUUUCUCUGUCACUUGAGAUGACUUCAGUAAGACCACUUAGGAAAUGUGUUAAUCUUCUCAGUAUGUCUUUUAUCAGCUUGAGUUUUAGACAUAAGAAUUACCAUAACAAUAUAUAAAAGAAAAGUUGACCUCUUCUUCUUAUAAAUUCUGCACAAUUACAA